GUUCACCAGAAUCGCGUGCGGAAGAAUCGUCCGGAAUUGUGAGUGACUGCUGUGCUUUGUUGAACAUCGCACUAAAAGUGUGGGUGGGUGCCGUGGAAGACAAUAACGAGAAAAAUUCACCAUAAAAUAUGAUUAAUUGCUGGUUGGCUUCGAAUGGGAUGAAUUGCUCUGGAAUUCCACAUGAAUCCUGUGGAUUUUCCAAAUGCCAGUGUGAUUAAAUUACUUGGUGAAGAGUGACAAUAAAAAAGUGGUACAGCACUAGAAGGGACAAUGGUGAUUUUCUAAAGUGUUUUAUUGGGAUGAUCAUGAUAUUUUUAUUACUUCUUGAACUAUAAAAAAGCUAAAUAAAAAGAAAAUGUAUCGGAUGUACAGAAGAACACUAAAAAGUGAUGCUCUACUGAUAUAAAUGAUGUGCAAUGAAAGGAAGAAUAAUGAAAGAUCUGUGUUAAUGUUGCUAUGAACAAUCUGUUGCCGCUUUCAGUGAUUUAGAGGGGAUUUUUGGUUGUGGAGUGCUGCUGUUUCGCACAAGUCACUGUCAAAAAGUGUAUUUUGUCAUAACACCCCCUCGACCCCAUGGGGGUUAAUUAAUUAAAGUGUCACGGAAGAAAUUGUCCAACAAAGGGAGAAAAGACAGCAUUAGGGGUGGAACAUUGUGACUCUCUCUCGGAGCAUACGUGUGGGACUGUGAAGAAUGCACUUGACAGGGAACACAACGACAACAAGUGCUACAACCGCAAAUGGAGCCACGGCCCAGAGUGGCGGUGGCACUGGAGCUGGGGCAACGUCCUCCCCUGGUGAAGGUGGGACAUCCACACCGUCGGCCGCUAGUCUCCUCAAUGACGCCUAUACAAAGAUGACCAGUGACAUCCUGGCCGAAAGGACCCUUGGGGACUUCCUGUCCGAACACCCCGGCGAACUCAUUCGAACGGGGAGUCCCCUCUUUGUCUGUACAGUUCUUCCGCCGCAUUGGCGUUCCAAUAAAACCCUACCGGUUGCAUUUAAAGUCGUAGCCCUUGGAGAUAUUGGUGAUGGCACAAUGGUCACGGUUAGGGCGGGAAAUGAUGAGAAUUACUGUGCAGAGCUGAGAAACAGUACGGCCGUUAUGAAGAAUCAAGUGGCAAAAUUCAAUGAUCUUCGCUUCGUUGGAAGAAGUGGAAGAGGGAAAAGUUUCACUCUCACGAUAACAGUUUCAACGAGUCCACCUCAGGUGGCGACAUACAACAAAGCCAUUAAAGUUACUGUAGACGGACCACGGGAGCCCCGAUCAAAGACAAGGCAACAGCAGCAGUUCCACUUUGCCUUCGGACAACGGCCCUUUCACUUCCCAACGGAUCCUCUGUCUGGAUUUCGGAUGCCGCCUAUUGGAAAUUGCCAAAAUAUGUCUCAAUUUAGUUUGGGUACUGCAAACUCUCACUGGGGCUACGGCACAACUGGACCCUAUUCACCCUAUUUAACUGGUAGCACCCUCACGAGUUGUACGACACCAACAGCAGCUCAAUUCAAUAAUCCUGCCCUAGGAUUUACCUGCUCAUCUACUGACCAGAACACCUCGCAAGAUUUCACCGGCGGCAAUCGCGAAUGCGUUCCAACCAACGAGUGUAUUGAUGUUGCAGUGCUUCCGGAUUCAACGGCAACGGAUUUGGAUCAACAUCUGAGCAACUUGGUGGGUACACCGCCGACACCGCAAAUGUCCACGACACACCCGAGUCUAUUGGGUGGGGGCGGAAGUGGUGAUGGGACUCAGACACCCGGAAAUGCCUCAAAUGGUCUCCUAGUUCCUCGAUACCAUGGCAAUAGUGCCACCAACAAUGACUACCACGUGCACUCGAGUCAAAAUGGUCCACGGAGUCUCAGUGACUCAUCCCAGGCUGAAUCCCCAGUUCAGGAUGACCUGCUGACAUCCAAUACACCCAACAUUGGGGCAGCUGGCAGUGCAAAUAGUGGUGGGAAUGGCUCCAAUGGGGGUGGGAAUCAGAAUUUCUCCGGAAUUGUGGUGAAUCAGACACAGAACUCAUAUGGCACAGCAGCGGGCUGCAAUGGCUCCAUAUAUCCCGUCCUGCCAGCAAGCCUCCUCUAUUCCCAACUCUACACCGCGGCCAACCAAACACACUCCUUUCACACGCACUCCUUGCAGACCCACACGCAGAACGCGGGCGUGCACGGGGAGCUACAGAGUGUAAUGGAUCACAUCACAACUGCCGGAAGUACAGCUGGAGCGCGUCAUCACCACCACCAAGCCCUUAUGCCAGGAGCCACGCAUGCAGCUGAAUUGACACUCGUGGGAACAUGCGGGGGUGCGAUUCGAGGUGGCGAUGAUGCUGCCGUGAGUGUACGUGGUGUGGGGAUGGGACAACGUGGAGCUCAACAAGGGGCUGGUGCUGGACAGACGGACAAUGGAAAUUCCGUGUGGAGGCCCUACUGAGGAUGGCUGUCUGGGGAAAAAGCUUGGGCAGUAAUUGGCAGUGGAAUUUGAAUCUCAUAAAAGUGGACUUUCAAAGAUUGCAUAUCGUUUCUCGUAUUCUUCGUACAGUUCUUGGCAGAAAUAUCAACUCCUUGAGCACUUUGUACAAAAAAAAAUUGUAAAAAAAACUCAAAUGAAAGAAUUUCUUUAGAAACUUGUUUGAAAAAUAUCAAAAGAUACAUAGAUUUAAUUUGAGUUUUUAUCCCCAUUUAUUGAUGAAUUUUUUAAUUAACUUUCUGCCAAGAAUUGUAAAUGAAUUAGCUGAAACGGCUAAAACAAAAGUCUUUGAAAUGUCUUAAUGGAAGGUAACUCUGUAACGCUCGCAAUUUGGUAGUUAUUUAAAUUAACAAUAAUUCUGAUAUUUAAUUGUACAUUGAAUCUCUUCAUAUUGAGAUUCUUAGGGAGUCCUAACUCAUAAAUCUAAAAAUGAAAUGAUUUAAUUACAAUGAAAGUCGAGGAAAUUCCUCAAUAAACGUUGUGAAUGAUGUUGAAUUACUCGAUACAGUGGAAUUUCAAAUAACAAAGUGAUUGAGAAUGAUUUAAAAAUAUUUUUUUACUCCCACUCUUUGACUCUUUAUACUUUUUGAAUUGCAAUAAAAUUAAUGAACAAAAUUUAACGAAAUUAAGGAAUAAUUCAAUUAGAUUUGUUAUAUGAAAUACCACUGUAUCCAUAAUUUUAAUGUUUCCUAAAACCCAGUGCAAAAAAAUCUUCUCAGUUUGUGAUCAAAUUUUGAAUCCUUUUCGAAAAGUUAAAUAAAAAAAAAGAUUUUCAAAAUCUAAAAAAAAAUAAUUCAUUUUAAAUGAACAGUGUGGAACAUUUGAAAUGCGCAAAUGUUAUUAAAAUUUGCUCACACUCUUAAAACAACAAAAAAAUUUACUUAUAGAAUAAAUAGAAUGUAAACUUAUUACCUUCAGGAAAAAAAAAGAAAACAAUAUGAAAAUAUGUAUUAGUGAAGUUAAAAAAAUACAAAAAAAUGUAAGGAAUAUCUUUUAGUGAAAUGAAAAAAAAAAGGUUUGACGGUACAUGUUGUGGACUUACACAUAAAAACCUUCCCCUUCCGUCAUUAGUAAUGUAUUAAUUAAUAA